AUGCUGACUAAUACAAACAAAAUUAAUAAUACAAGUUUCCAUAAGCGCAAAUUACAGCAUUUCAUUAAAGACGAUUACGGUCCUGAGUCUUGUGGCUUCGUGAAGAGUUCAUAUCUGGCCGGUUUAACACGUUCGGAGUUCUACUUUCAUGGUAUGAGUGGUCAUAAAGGUGUUAUCAAUACUACUGUAAAAUUUGCUAAAACCGGUUAUAUUCAACGUCGUCUCAUAAAUACUACGGAGUCGAUUAUGGUCAACUAUGAUGAUACAGUUAAUGGUCCGGUGGGUCAGCUAAUUCAGUUGCGUUACGGCGAGGACGGUUAUGUUAUAUGUGCAAAGUUUUCACCUGUCUUGCUUCAUCUAGGUUAUAUUAUCUUGCAUUUUACGGAAGAUUUUCCACAUCAAUAUGCACAUGCGAUCUCUUGCGGCGCUAUGUCGUCGUGGUGGGCAAUGAUCAUCUUCCGGCACAGGUCAAUGAGAACACGGCUUCAGUAUUUUGAGCGUUUCACGCUGGGCACGAAGUAUGCAGCGGAAGAGUUCCGUCUGUCGGCCGAGACUUUCAAAUGUUUGAUUGGUGAGAUUGAAUUGUUAACAAAAAAUUCUGAACUCAUCAAUGAAAUAUUCGAAUGAUCCUGAAUACAGAGAGACGCAUUAGAAACGGACUUAUUUUUAACAAUUAAUAUAUGAACCCCGUUCGCCUCCAAUUGUGUUGACCUACACGCCCUAAUUGUUUCAAACUGUGCUGACAAACGUCCCCCAAGCGCUGCUGACAACCGCGCAUCCAACUGCGCCAACAUUUGUAAUGACAUCUCUUCCAUUUGUAAGGUCACCUGCGCAAACAUCUGCGACAUUUGUGCUGACAUUUGCGGCAUUGCAGCCAAAACCAUGUUUAUGUCCAUAGCGAUCAUGGAAUAAGGGAGUAGUGAAAGUGUUCAUUCACAGUACUUUCGCCACCUCCGAGCCGUACGUUCGCAAUA